ACCUUUGUCCUACUAUAUCGCUGUGUUGGCGGAGAGUCGUUGCACGUCUGCACACAACGGAGCUCAAAAGCUGUUUUUGGUGUUUUACCACCGACAGAACUUUUUCACAUUUCUCAAAAACUAAAUAAAAAUGCGUGAGUGUAUCUCCAUCCAUGUGGGCCAAGCAGGAGUACAGAUCGGCAAUGCAUGCUGGGAGUUGUAUUGCCUGGAGCAUGGUAUCCAGCCUGAUGGCAAUAUGCCGAGUGAUAGGCCCGUUGGUGGUGGAGAUGAUUCCUUCAACACUUUCUUCAGUGAGACGGGCUCUGGAAAGCAUGUGCCACGAGCUGUUUUCGUAGAUCUGGAGCCUUCAGUCAUUGAUGAGGUGAGGUCUGGAACCUACAGACAAUUGUUCCAUCCAGAGCAACUCAUCUCUGGCAAGGAAGAUGCUGCUAAUAACUAUGCCAGGGGUCAUUACACUGUUGGCAAGGAGAUUAUUGAUAUGGUAUUGGAGCGUGUCCGCAAACUGACCGAUCAGUGCACUGGUCUCCAGGGUUUCUUGAUUUUCCACAGCUUUGGUGGAGGUACUGGUUCUGGUUUUACCUCCCUGCUGAUGGAGCGUCUUUCUGUCGACUAUGGCAAGAAGUCCAAGCUGGAGUUUGCCAUUUAUCCAGCUCCUCAGGUGUCUACUGCUGUGGUAGAGCCCUAUAACUCUAUCUUAACUACCCAUACAACUCUGGAACAUUCUGACUGCGCCUUCAUGGUAGACAAUGAGGCCAUCUAUGACAUCUGCCGCCGAAAUCUUGACAUUGAGCUUCCCACCUACACCAAUCUCAACCGUCUCAUCGGUCAGAUCGUGUCCUCCAUCACUGCUUCGUUGCGCUUUGAUGGUGCUCUGAAUGUCGAUCUGACAGAGUUCCAGACCAACUUGGUGCCAUAUCCCAGAAUUCAUUUCCCCCUUGUCACUUACUCUCCCAUCAUCUCUGCUGAGAAGGCCUACCAUGAGCAGCUGUCUGUGUCUGAGAUUACCAGCGCCUGCUUUGAGCCAUCCAAUCAGAUGGUGAAGUGUGACCCUCGACAUGGAAAGUACAUGGCCUGCUGUAUGCUGUACCGUGGUGACGUCGUACCCAAAGAUGUGAAUGCUGCUAUUGCCAACAUUAAGACCAAACGCUCUAUCCAGUUUGUAGACUGGUGCCCUACUGGGUUCAAGGUUGGCAUCAAUUACCAGCCACCUACAGUUGUGCCUGGUGGAGACCUGGCUAAGGUGCAGAGAGCUGUGUGCAUGUUAAGCAACACCACCGCUAUUGCUGAGGCUUGGGCCCGUCUGGACCACAAGUUUGAUCUCAUGUAUGCCAAGCGGGCCUUUGUACACUGGUAUGUUGGAGAGGGUAUGGAGGAGGGAGAGUUCUCAGAGGCCAGAGAGGAUCUUGCUGCACUGGAGAAGGAUUAUGAGGAAGUCGGCACGGAGUCUGUGGAGGAUGAAGAGGAGGGAGAGGAGUAUUAAACCCAGCUGAGGGCAGGAAUAAGAUGCUUUAAUCUGAUGUGACUAGUUUUGAGCAUUUGCGUAUUAUCAAGAUGAGGAUUUUUCCUAUAACAGCACUUUGAAGCAUUUGACUCCAUUGUCGAGCUGCCUUAUUAUACCCAAAGAAAGGAAACAGUACCCUGAUGUAUGUGAUUUAUAAGAAUUCUGUGCCUCAUGUUUAUUUUCUAUACUUCUGUCUGAUUUCAAAGAAAUGAUUUGCCAAAGGCAUUUCUGUCUGUGAACAAACAUUUGUUUUGUAAGCCAUCUUUUGUCUUACUGGUGUUGUAACUGAUGCGGUUUCAGAAUAAACUGUCAAAUGUGCCAACUCUUUUGUUUAUUGAUGCCCAUCACUGAGCAGUGCAAGGAUGCUCUACCUAAAUUGUUCCAGCACUGAAAUUGUCUUUUUGCUGUUCACACUUAAAUGCAUCAGAUGGACGUGUUGGCUAAAGUUUGAUGUGAACCAGUGGUACUACGCCAUCUCCCCAGUGUCAUAAGUCCAUGUUCAUAAGCGAAAAAGCUUUAGCCUUCAAAGCAAUAUUAAUGAUGCUCCAAACUGUCUUGUUCUUUAGUAAUUCUGAUAGUUAUAACUAUUCGAAUUAAAUUCUGCUUGUUGGGAUGGUAAGUUGUACACCUGUCAUGGCUAAUUUGACAAAAUAGUUUAUACCUAUAUUGCAUAUGACUCCUAUUGAAGAUUAUUCCAUGAACAAGAGGCCAGAGGUUGUCAUACACCGUUUCUGGUUUAAAUUUAGUAAUUGAAUAUGGUUCUAUUCUCUUUAAAAAGUGAAGGCACAUGGGAAGCAAAUAAAAGUAAGCCUAUUUAGUGCAAAACCUUUCAGAUAUUUGAAAUCUGUAGAACACCGGUUCAAAUUGUACAAAUGUUAAGAACAUGUAAUUACCACUAACAAUAAAACAUUUUCAUGAAAGCUCUGCAGAAUGAAAACAAAGUUCCACUGAAAGUUUCUUCAAGGUUAUCUUACCAGCAAUACCAACAAAUUUUCCAUUUCCUCCUAAAAAAAAAACCAACUCCACAGCAUGAAUCUGUCACCACCAUUCUUAUAUAUUUUUUUAUUUGUAUCUCCUUUUCUCCACUAUUUGGAAUGCCCAAUUCCCACUACUUGGGUCCUCAUGGUGGCACAGUUACUCCCCUCAAUCCGGGUGGCAGAGGACAAGACUCGGCUUCAGAGACAGUCAAUCCGCGCAUCUUAUCACGUGGUUCAUGCAUGACAUCGCAGAGACUCCCAGCAUGUGGAGGCUCAUGCUGCUCCCCACACUCCACGCACAACUUGCCACGCACCCCAUUGAGA